UCGAUUACAUCACCAAUUCAUAGUUUAACAAUACUUUAACCGAUGAUUAAUCGAAAUCAGAAAUUAAUUUCUUUAAUAUAACCUCCAUUAAUCCAACCUCUUUGUCCUUUCUCUCGCACAUCAUUUAUCCCCCCGAUUCAUCUAAUACGAUUCAUGCCAUUAUUGGGUCGAAUCUUCAAAAGAGAUCCAUCUACUGUGUGUAAGAUAAAGAUAAAAGAAGAAUCUUGUUAUAUCUGAUCGUUGGAGCUGUUUUCGUGUUGGGAACUUAGGGUUUUUGAAUGGCUCAAGCGACCGGGGCGAGGGGCAGGGUAGUCGGAGACUACUUGGUGGGCCGGCAAAUCGGGUCGGGUUCAUUCUCGGUGGUGUGGCACGCUAGGCACCGGGUCCAUGGAACCGAAGUUGCGAUUAAGGAGAUCGCCACGAGUCGACUGAACAAGAAAUUGCAGGAAAGUCUUAUGUCGGAGAUCUUUAUAUUGAAGAGGAUUAACCAUCCUAAUAUCAUUGGCCUGCACGAUAUUAUUGAGGUUCCUGGAAAGCUACAUCUUGUAUUGGAGUAUUGCAGAGGAGGUGACCUUUCAAUGUACAUACAACGCCAUGGCCAAGUUCCAGAAGCAAUUGCGAAGAACUUCAUACAACAACUAGCCACCGGGUUGCAAAUUCUCCGUGAAAAUAAUCUUAUACAUCGAGAUCUUAAGCCUCAGAACCUGCUCUUAUCAACAAACGACGAACAUGCUGUAUUGAAAAUUGCUGAUUUUGGUUUUGCAAGAUCCUUGCAACCUAAUGGCAUGGCGGAAACAUUGUGUGGUUCGCCUCUUUAUAUGGCUCCAGAAAUAAUGCAACUUCAGAAGUAUGAUGCAAAGGCAGAUCUCUGGAGCGUUGGUGCCAUUUUAUUCCAGCUUGUGACUGGGAAAACCCCGUUUACUGGAAAUAAUCAAAUACAGCUACUUCAAAACAUUGUAAAAUCAACUGAAUUACAUUUCCCUCCAGUUGACAAGGAUUUAAGCAGUGAAUGCAAAGACUUAUGCCAGAAAUUGCUGCGCCGUAAUCCAGUGGAACGAUUGACAUUCGAGGAGUUUUUCAAUCAUCAGUUCCUUUCUACAAAGCAGCCAGAUAACAUGUUAAGGAGGUCUUCGAGAUCAAUGGAUGGUAUUCCUUCAUCUGAAAGCAGUCCUUUGCGAAACACAGAGGAAAGUUCUCAGGAGGACUGCUUGCCUUUCUUUCUGGAUGAUGAUUCUAGUGGUCCUGAGGGGAGUCCUUCCUAUUUCAAGAGGAGAUCCUCGGUGAAGUCUACUUGCAGUUUUUCUCUUGAUACAAAUGCUGACAGAAGGGAAGCAACAUCCAAUGUCUUGAAUAACAUGGACUUUACUUCCAGAUAUGGUGGUGCCAGAAAUAAAUUGGAGAAACCUAGUUGUAGACUUGACAUAUUUUCAGAUCAGAACAUAAACGAAACUCCAAAAGUGAUGGACCAAAGGCUAACAAGGUCAAGAGUAGCAGAUUCACUAGAGUCUAUUGAUCAAGAUUAUGUUCUUGUUUCUGGACCCCCAAUGGAUUCUUCUUCUACUUUGGCAACUGCUUCCAGGCCAAGCCAUAUGAAAUCUACAUUAGAUGGUCCUCCCUUAGCAUCUGUUAACAGAAAUAUUUCGCCAAGUGUGCCCAUGCCAAUCAUUGGUGCCAUGAACAAUAACACAUAUUAUAUUGGAAGUUUAGAAAGUCGAAGCUCUGCUCCUGGGACUUCUCAAGGAUCCAUGGACAUAGGAGAUUUGGAGCAACCAUCAACUCACAGCGUGACAAGGGUUAAGUCAUUGCGGCAGUUUGCUUCUGCCGUCACAGAAUUAGUUCAUGAAAAGGUAGAGUCAUGUAGGCAACUAGAAGCAUUCUCUAUCCAGCUUGUGACACUCGCAAUUUGGAAGCAAGCGCUCGACAUUUGCCAUACACAGGCUGCCUCAGCUAUAGAAGGAAGUCCAAGUCAAGAAAGUACGAGACUGAGGAGGAACGGCAUCAAGAAGCAUGGUUUCCCUGACGCUGAAGAUUGUCUUGGUUUUUUCAAUUCUCAAAGGCCAGAGAAUAUCUCUUCCCUGAUUGAAAGGGAAUUCCUAAAGGAAGUUGAGUAUGCUGAGGAACUUGGGAAGGCUAUUGAGCCUGGAAAUAGAGAGAUGCCUGAUGCAAUGGAGAUGAUAUUUCAAUCUGCCCUUGCUCUCGGCAGAAACGGAGGGGUUGAUGAACUCAUGGGCAACCUGGAAAAUGCAGCUUUGUCGUAUUCAAAGGCUGUGCGGCUGUUGCUUUUCCUUCUGGUGGAAGCACCAUCCCUCAUUCUCAACCCUCCAUUCUCUCUCACAAACUCAGACCGGUAUAGGCUCCGAUCGUACAUCGAUAUCCUUAAUGAUAGGCAUGGUCAUUCAAGGUCUCAACGGUUAGCUAUUCUUAAGUGUGAGGAUCAACAAUGCCCACAUUAGAGAACAAGUCAUUAUUUUUGUACAUUGGCUUCUAGCCGUGUAAAAUAAUUUGUUUGUACAAUUAUUCUUUGGAGUGACGGAGCAUGGGGACGUUAACUAUUGCUGGCAUUGAAUUAUUUUGGGAGAGAAUGUUGUAAUAUUCUCAAAUCCUGUGAAAUAGUAAAAUGUUGUAAUGUUCGUUUAUUUCAGGUUUGUCUUCCUUCGAGAA